CAGACGCAUUCAAUGUCGUCAUCAAAAUUCGCCAGUGUGUUUCCCUGGGUUUCCGGUGUUUGUUUCGGUUGAAUCGACGUACCAUUUUCUAUGUUUUAUUUAUUUGUUAAAUCCGUUUAAUGUGGUCUACAUGCUGCUACGUUAUGUAGACUACUUACCAACAACAGAUUGAAGCUGACCACCGAUGUCAGGGUGUACAACCACAAACUUACGGCGUGUGUUUGGCUAGCAGUGGCCACGAGAGCAACUCUGCAACAAGGUUUGUGAUGACAGUGUGCAGCCAUGAAUGGCCUGAUCAGAUUCACUGCUGCCAAAGAGACAAGUGGGUGCUGGCUGGGAAGCGACAGGAGGAGGCGCCUGGAAGACUGGCAGAGCAUUAAAAGUGGAGAGGAGGCCAGGCAUUUUUACCAGAGUCUUAUAGAGGAGGGAAGCACAGCGAGGGAGGGCAGGAGGGAGAAGAGGAGGAGGACCACCGACCCUGAAAGGGCGCACGGCAGCAGGAGGGAGCAGCCCCGCCCCACCGCCGUGGCCUCUGAGAGGGACGGACACAGGCUGCUGAAAUGCGCCCAAGAGGGAGAUCUGCCUGGACUCAGGGAGCUACUGGAGAAGAAGGGAUGCGACAUAAACUUUAAGGACACGUAUUACUGGACGGCCAUCAUGUGCGCAAGCUAUGCGGGGCAGCGGAGGGCCGUGAGGCUUCUUCUGGACAAGGGCGCGGCUUGGGUCGGGGUGGUGGACACUCAGGGUCGAGACGCGCGCGACUUGGCUGACCAAGCUGGUCACGUGGAGGUGGUGAGAGAGCUGGAUAGCUAUGGUGUUCGUUCAGACACGCCCAGAAACACAAGAAGUGUCUCUGCCUCCCAGCCCCAGUGGUGUUCGGUCUGUGGGACCCAGUACAGCGAGAGCAUGGAAACACACCAGAGCUCCACUCUACACCAGUUCAGCCUGCGUCGACCUCCACCCACCCCCCAGUACUGCCUUCCCCCCUCUAGCGCCGGCUACCGCAUGAUGCUCCGUGAGGGCUGGGACCCAAGGGUGGGGCUGGGGCCUGAGGGGGUGGGCCGAAAGGACCCCAUCCAGACGGUGCUGAAGAGGGACCAGGGAGGGCUGGGCUACGGCCCCGCCCCCAAGGCCCGUGUCACGCACUUCAAGGCCAAGGACGCGCAGGCAGUGAAGCGGGUUCCCAAGGGCCGCAUGGAGAGAGGGGCCACACUGGGACGCAGGGCUGAGAGGAGACAGGAAGAGAAGGACAGGAACUGGGAGCGGGACUUUCGCACAUCCUUCGAUCUUUAAUCUGUUUUCCCACAUAAAUGUACAUUCUAAUUCAAGUGGGAUUGUCUGGCAAAGGUGCUACCUCUUUUACAUGCAUUUAUUUUAAUAAAACAAUUGGUUACUUUA